AUGGGGGUUUGGCUGCGUUUGCUGGUGUUUGGUGGAGUGUCGCUUCGGGGCUGCGGCGGGGCCUGUGUCCCACUUGGGGGAAGCCGACUACUGAUUUGUCGGCGCCAGUUCUCUGGCGCUGAGAGUGAGACCCUAAAACAAAGAAGAUCACAAAUCAUGUCUCGAGGACUUCCAAAGCAGAAACCGAUAGAAGGUGUUAAACAAGUUAUAGUUGUGGCUUCUGGAAAGGGUGGAGUUGGAAAGUCUACUACAGCAGUGAACCUUGCACUUGCUCUAGCAGCGAAUGAGUCGUCAAAGGCUGUUGGUUUGUUAGAUGUGGAUGUGUAUGGCCCUUCAAUUCCAAAGAUGAUGAAUCUGAAAGGCAAUCCAGAAUUAUCACAGAGCAACUUAAUGCGGCCUCUUUUGAAUUAUGGUAUUGCUUGUAUGUCCAUGGGCUUCCUGGUUGAAGAGACUGCCCCCCUUGUUUGGAGAGGUCUUAUGGUAAUGUCAGCCAUUGAGAAACUAUUGAGGCAGGUAGAUUGGGGUCAACUGGAUUAUCUGGUUGUUGACAUGCCACCAGGAACUGGAGACGUGCAGUUAUCAGUCUCACAGAAUAUUCCCAUUUCAGGUGCUGUCAUUGUCUCCACGCCUCAGGACAUUGCACUGAUGGAUGCACACAGGGGCGCUGAGAUGUUUCGAAAAGUCCACGUGCCUGUUCUGGGCCUGGUCCAAAAUAUGAGUGUUUUCCAGUGUCCAAAAUGUAAACACAAAACUCAUAUUUUUGGUGCUGAUGGUGCAAGGAGACUAGCACGGACCCUUGAUCUUGAUAUUCUAGGAGACAUCCCCUUACAUCUUAACAUAAGGGAAGCCUCAGAUACAGGCCAGCCGAUUGUGUUUUCACAGCCUGAAAGUGAUGAGGCCAAAGCCUACCUAAGGAUUGCUACUGAAGUGGUAAGAAGAUUGCCACCACCUCCAGAGUCAUUCCCCAAGUGUCUUGGAAAUUAG